AAUUCCAAAACAACAAGAAAAAAUCUUUAGACCAUGCAAAUUUAUUAAGCAUUUAUACAAGAAAAAUUCCGACAAUUAUACAACUUAAAAAAGGAUCAGAAACAAUCGAAGAAAAAUUAAUGGAAAUUUUUCCAUUAAAUUCAACCGCUAAAUUCUACAAAUAAAUAAUGCACGUAAAACCAACAAAUAACUAAAACUUCGCGAGAAAAAAUACAAGAAACCAACGAAAAUAAACCUCCAAGCUCUAUACAAAAAUAAAUUCCCUAUAAAUAAAACACUGGAAACAUUCAAUAAAUAAAUACAAAAAUCUGCAAGCAUUUAUAGAACAACAACAAUAAACCAUAAAUUUCCAAAGCAAUAUAUUGAGAUAUAAAUUCCCCAUUGCAAAAUGCUGAUCCGUAAAAGAAAUUGAGCUUUUAUUCUCUUUGAAAAAUAAAAUAUUUUUUACUUAAAAACAAAACAAAUUAAAAUUAAAAUAAAAAGCAGCCAGCGUGCAUUUUGAGGAAAACCAAGGAAAUUUAUGGCGCCGCGUCGCAACAGUAAUAUUAGCAGCAGCGGCAAUAGCAACACGCAGCAGCACACGCAUCAUCAACAUCAGCAGCAGCAGCAGCAUCAGCAUACGCAGCAAUUGCUGCAGUUUUACUCAGAGAACUCCACUUCCGGUUCCGUUCUAAUGGCGCCCAUGCAGGGCACCGGAAACGGAGUAGGUGGCGGCGGCGGCGGCGGAGGAGGAGGAGGCGUUGUACGUUGCUGCCUACCCAGCGGCGAUUGCCGCAAACUGGACUCACUGAUUGCCCUCAACGAGAUCUCAUUGGCGGACUGCAUCCGUGUGCUGUGCAACAACGAGAAUUGCUCCGCUGGACAGUAUAUGCAUCGCGAGUGCUUCGAACUCUGGGAGGCGGGUGUCCUGCAGACCCUCAAGUCCAAUGGCAGAACAAGAUCCUGGUCGGAGAGGCAGAGAUUGCAGCAUCUGUGGACCAAGAAGGGCUACGAACUGGUCCACAAGGCCUGCAGCUGCAAGUGUGGCAGAGGACAACUGCGCAAGGACCUCGAUUGGGUGGCUCCAUCGGCUGCAAAUAAUUCCCUGAUUUAUCUAAAUGGUGGCACUAACAGGGGCUCCAUCAAUGGCAACCUCAGCGAGGAUGAUGACAAGAAGAAGGCCAAGAAAAAGCGAAAUCGUAACAACAAUAACAACGCAGGAGGAGGAGGAGGAGGAGGAAACAGUGGCGCCGCAGGAGGAGCAGGAGGUAGUAACUCCAAGACGCCAUUGAGCCAAAAUAAUGGCAACACUUAUGGCGGCAUCACUCCCAAUCCCAAUGUGGGUGUCAUAGGCUCUGGUUUGCCGCAUAAUAAUGCUAAUAAUAAUGGCAGUGCCACCAACAACAACACCAAUGGAUCGGAUCUGCUGCAGCCCAGCGUGGUGGCCACUUUGAGCAACAUCCUCAAUCCGAAUAAUGUCCUGGGCCUGGAUCUAAGAGCUCGUGCUGGUAGUCUAUCCUCCAGUGGUGCCGGAAGUGGCUCCACCUCGCCCUCGGCCUCGCAGUCCAGCGGUGAGAUAUCCGUUUCCCCCGUGCAACAGUUGCUGCAGCAACAGCAGCAGCAGCAGCAGCAACAACAGUCGCUCCUCAUGCAGAAUGGACUGGGUCUAUCCAAGAAUCUGCUGAUUGCUCCACAGCAGCCACAACAGCAGCAGCAGCAGCAGCAGCAACAGUUCCCGAUAAGGGCUUUGGCCAACAUUAGCAACUUUAAGCCAUUGGCCAGCUACGAGCAGCAGCAACUUGUGCAGCAGCAGAAGAACAAGGAAGUUGAACUAUAUUCCGAGCGAGUGCGCUCCACAUCUGGCUGCAAUGGGAUCUUUUCACGUCGCCUGGACUUUACGUCGUUCAAUUUGCUGCCAAAGACUCGUUUGAAUUCUUAUCAAGUCAAGAUCGAAGACGAGGGCAACCAUGGCAAUGAUGAGACCCGUCUCUUCAUCCUCUCCUCGUUGGCCCAAUCCCAGAUGAGCCGCGUGGCCUGCAUUCUGUGCGAGGAGCCGCUGCUUGUGUUCGAUCGUUAUCCGCUGGUCGAUGGCUCCUUUUUCCUCAGUCCCAAGCAGCAUUCCAGCGGCUGCAUUGAGGUGAAAUACGAGGGACGCACUCUCUACUUGACCUGUGUUUGCAUGAGUUGCCUGGACGGAACCUCCAGCAAUCGCGUCAUCAACUGCAGAUUCUGCAAAGAGCCUUGGGAUGGCUCCAGUUUGGUUCUGGGCACCAUGUAUGCAUAUGAUAUCUUUGCGGCCAUGCCCUGCUGUGCCGAGCGGUUCAAGUGCAAUAACUGCUUCAAGAUGCUUAUGCAUCCGCAACAGCGUCUUAGCUUCUACAGUGAUUAUUCACAUGGCGUGACCUGUCCAUAUUGCAACACCCAGGAUACGCAUUUUGUGAAGCCAUUGAGCUUCUGCUAUGCCAAGAACCCAGUGCCGAUUCCAUCGACACGGCUGCCAACGCUCGCAUAACAUGAGGCCCCGUUGGAGUCGCCCGUGGGUACAGCAACAGGCGCCGCUGCCAUUCAGGCGCCAGGUGCCCAGGGCGCUUCAACGGCCUCCGGAUCCGGUACAACAUCGAACGGAUCCAGCUCCAAGCAGUCCAAGCAGCAGUUGUAUAAUGCCGCUAUUGAUUAUUCGGCACCGCUGCAGCAGCAAAUAAAUCCGGACUUGAUUGGAGCCCAUCCCCAUGCCCAGCAACAUCAGCAGCAAGGGCGACAGCAGCAUCAGCAGCAGCAGCAACAGCAGCAGCAACAACAGCAGCAGCAGCAGCCAGCUCAACAGCAACAUCAGACGCAGCAACAGCAGCAGCAGCAGCAACAUCAGCCACAGCAACAUCAGCCACAGCAACAGCAACAGCAACAUCAGCCUUUCCAGAGAAGCAACUACCAACAGCAGGCUAAUAAAACCAUUAACAUGAUGGCCAUGGCAGAUGCGAUGAGCAAGUAUCAACAGCAACAGCAACAGCAGCAGCAGCAGCAGAGACAACAGCAACUUGCAACACAAAAAGUCCCCGGAUCGGGACCAGGACUCGAGAGCCUUCUACUGACCAACACAACAACAGCUAAUAGCAUCAGCAGCAGCAGCAGUAUUAGUAACUUAAUCAUUAGCCAUAAUUCAGCAACAGCAGCAGCAGCAGCCAGCAGCGGCAACAACAAGAUGCAGUCCAAUUGGGGCCAAAGUGAUGCCAUCUCUGCCCUGUGGGGCUGCUCCAGCAGCAGCAGUGGCUGCUCCUCGGGCAGUGGAUCACAGCCCUCGCUAAGUCCCACGGUGAGCAAUCAUGGCAAUGACACCUCCAAAAUGAUGUUGUGGAAUAGCCAGGGAGCAGCGGCUUCACUCAGGGAUCAGCAACAGCAGCAGCUACAGCAGCAUCAGUCGCAGCAGCACCAUCAUCAGCAACAGCAACAUCAGCCCCAUGCCGCCUCACCGACUGCCUCACUGACCAGUUCCAGUUCCUCCUCCAAUGGAUGGAGUGGUGCCUCGCAUUACGGCAAACCGAAUAUCUGGGAACUGCCGGGUCAGCAGGCAGCGAUACCUGGAGCCAGGACCAAUCUAACCAGUCACGACAUCUUCACCGAUCUCCUGUGCAACCUGAACAUCAAUCAGGAUCAGCAGGCCAAAACCGAUACCUCCGAUGUUAGCUCGAAUUCAUCCUCCUCGGCGGGUGAGCUCCUCGAGGCGGCCAAUAUCUGGGGAAGACCUCUAUAUGGCAACCAGCUGUUCCAGGAGGCGGAAGUGGCCAAUGGCGGUGGCGCCGCUUGCAUGCAGCUCUUCAACGAUUAUCUCAACAUGAACUAGGAUCACAUUUUGUUAUUUUUUAGCUAAAAUUUAACAACAAAAUGAAGAGCACGGGAAGAGAGAGCAGGAGCCACAAGUGUUUAGUUUUUAAAAUCAUUUGAUUUUUUAUGUAUACCACAAAGCCACACACACCCACACACACGUCAGCAACAACAACAGUAAGAACACCGAGAAAAACAAUGCAAAACUAAAAACAAAUUUCUUGUUAUUUUU